AAGCUUGAAAUCAGUAAUUGUGACAAGUUAAUAGAGAUUCACCCAUCACUUGGAAAUCAUACGAGUCUUGGAUACGUAAGUGUUAGAUCUUGUAAGAAGCUUAGAACGUUCCCAAUAAUUGUUCAGACGAAAAAUCUCAAGACCCUCGAAAUAGAAAAUUGCAAUUCAAUUCUUGAGUUGCCAAAGAUCCAAUCAAACAUGGAAAGCUUGGUAAGUUUGUCUAUGAAUAGGAUUAGGAAAAGAGUUGUUCCGUCUUCCGUUGGAGAACGUUAUACACAACAUGAGACGGUGUCCCAUCAGUGUACACGAAAGAUGAAUCUGAGUAGCUUGCAAAAGUUGGAACUCAGUGGCUGGGGUUUGAAAGAUGGAGAAAUUCCAUUUGAUAUUGGUGAGUUAUCCAACUUAGAAGAGCUCAAUCUUAGUCGCAAUGAUUUUUCACUAUUAGGUUUCAGCUUGUCCCAUCUUACUCGGCUAAAAACCCUCAUCCUAUCAGAAUGCAAAAGGCUUGUCGAAUUGCCUGAGCUCCCAUCAAGCAUAGCUGUUCUGGAAGCAGACUUUUGCGACUCACUUACAACCAUCGGAAAAAAUUAUCACACAAAUUUUAAAUACUUAUGUGAAGUUUCAAUUCUGAGAAAUUCGCGCGGAAUUGUAGAUGAUGCGGGCAAAUUAGUAGAAUCCAUGCUCCAGGGAAUGGGCAUUGAGAUUCCAGUAAGGAAUAAACAUAUGGUGCAACUUCCAGAGAACUGGUGCAAUGACUUUUAUGGCUUGGUAAUGUGUGUUUUCACAAAAUAUUCAACCCCAUUGAGCUAUACGAUAAUAAUGGAGAAGAUGAUCAAUUAUGACAAUUUAUCGGAGCCGGAUUGGCGUCGACAAUAUGUAGUGUCUUCCGGGAAGAGCAUUGGUGGUGAAAGAACAUGGGUGGGGUUUGUUUCAUUUGCUGCACUAAGACACACUUCUUGGUGGCAAGAAACACCCAACACUCUUUUCGUUUCAUUUGAAACUAAGUUACCAGAUGAAGGAUUUGGAAUUGCACUCGUUCCCAAGAAAAGUGGAAUUGCUCCAACGGAAACAUCAACAGAUUUUCUUGCAUUCCCUCACUUAAACAUUGUAGGCGACUCAACCUCUACAUUAAAGAUUUUGAUCAGCUUCAACUCCAAUGAUAAGUCAGGUUUCUAUGUUUCAGAUACAAUCAUCAAACGAAACCAACUUCUAUUUAGUGAUUGAGUCAUAAAUUCUUAUGAAUUGUAUUUUUUUUAACUUCAUGUACCCGUCAUGAUAAACACGACGUAACUUAAGUGGCUAACUUGUUGAUUGUUGUGGUUUAUAUAUGUACGUUUGAUUGAAAAACUAAUGGUGGAUGAUACUUUAAGUUGGUUGUUUUGGUGCAUCAUAUU